GUAAAAAGAAAGAAAAGACAGAGCCUAACGAUUUGUUAGUAAAGGCUAACCUGAGUGAUAAAGUCCAGAAGAAAGUCUUAGCAAAGGAGUUGCAAAAACAGGAGAAUAAAAGACCUAAUAAUGAUAAACAUAAAAUCCUAAGUGGAAGAGUAGAAGGUUAUUGUAAUAAUGGUAAUAGUGAUAAGAAAAGAUAUAAAAAGGAUACAUUCAAUAAUCAUGAAAUAACAGAUAACUCUGAGGAUCUGUUAGACAAUAUUUAG